GCUGCCCAGCGCUGCCCAGAGCCCCAGCCCUGUGGUGCCCAUCGCCUCCUGGGCACGUCGAGGGACUCCCGGUUGGGGACAGACCCCAAUGCCCCACCAGUCCCCAGCUGCACUCAUGGCACCCGGGGUCACCCCAAGGGAUCAGCCAUCUCUGCACGCGUCACCCGCUGCAGGGCCGUGGGGACAGAGCCCCAGGGAAGGACCUGGCCCUGGGCAUCCCCCGGCUCCCGUGGCCAUGGCCGCACUGCCUUCGCUCCCCGACGGGUGCCCAGCUGCAGAGUUGGCCACGAGCCCGGCGCCCGGUUCCCCCCCUCCCUGUCCCCCAGUAAGGAGGCAAGCCCUCCUUGGGGUCAAGGCAAUGACCCCGCAGCUGGUAUAAAGGCCCCCCGCGCUGCCGCAGCCCCGCAGCCGGCCCCACCAUGCCGCUGCUGGGCACCCUGCUGCUGGCCCUGGCCCUGCUCUGCGCCUGGGGGCUGGUGCGCCGGCGAGCCACCACGGGGACGGGUUCAGGGCGGCUGCGGAGCCUGCCGGCCCUGCCGCUGGUGGGGAGCCUGCUGCAGCUGGCCGGGCACCCCCAGCUCCACCUGCGGCUCUGGCGCCUGCAGGGCCGCUACGGCAGCCUCUACGCCCUCUGGAUGGGCCCCCACUACGUGGUGGUGGUCAACAGCUACCGGCACGCCAAGGAGGUGCUGCUGAAGAAGGGGAAGGCUUUCGCCGGACGGCCUCGCACCGUGACCACGGACCUGCUGUCCCGGGGGGGCAAGGACAUCGCCUUCGCCAGCUACGGCCCCCUCUGGAAGAUCCAGCGCAAGCUGGUGCACUCCGCCCUCUCCAUGUUCGGGGAGGGCUCGCUCGCCCUCGAGAGGAUCAUCUGCCGGGAGGCUGCGUCCUUGUGCGAGACGCUCAUCACUGCGCAAGAUACGGCCCUGGAUGUGGCCCCCGAGUUCACACGGGCCGUCACCAACGUGGUCUGCUCCCUUUGCUUCAACUCCUCGUACCGGCGCGGGGACCCCGAGUUCGAGGCCGUGCUGGAGUACAGCCAGGGUAUCGUGGACACCGUGGCCAAGGAGAGCUUAGUGGACAUCUUCCCCUGGCUCCAGAUCUUCCCCAAUAAGGACCUGGCCCUGCUGAAGAGAUGCCUCAAGGUCCGGGACCAGCUGCUCCAGCAGAAGUUCACCGAACACAAGGUGCCAACGGGGCCAGGACAGGGAGAUACUCGGGAGCUGCAGGGUGCUGGAGCUGGGGUGGAGGGGACUGUGCCCGGGACAGCCUGGCUCACGUGUGUCCCCUGGCAGGAAGCCUUCCACGGGGACGCUGUCAGGGAUCUCAUGGAUGCCCUCCUGCAAGUGAGGCUCAGUGCCGAGAACAGCAGCCCCCCAGCGCCAGGGCUGGAGCUGACUGACGACCACCUCCUCAUGACGGUGGGGGACAUCUUUGGGGCUGGUGUGGAGACCACCACAACUGUGCUCAAAUGGGCUGUGCUCUACCUGCUCCACUAUCCUGAGGUCCAGAAGAAGAUCCAGGAGGAGAUGGACCAGAAAAUCGGGCUGGCACGUCACCCCCACCUCAGCGACCGCCCACUGCUGCCCUACCUGGAGGCCACCAUCAGCGAAGUGCUGCGCAUCCGUCCCGUGUCCCCCCUGCUCAUCCCACACGUGUCCCUUGCUGACACCAGCAUCGGGGAAUACUUCAUCCCCAAGGGUGCCAGGGUCAUCGUCAACCUCUGGUCCGUGCACCACGAUGAGAAGGAGUGGGAGAAGCCCGAGGAGUUCAACCCUGGACGCUUCCUGGAUGAGCAGGGCCAGCACAUCCACUCGCCCUCGCCCAGCUACCUGCCCUUUGGGGCCGGGAUCCGCGUCUGCCUGGGUGAAAUCCUGGCCAAAAUGGAGCUAUUCCUCUUCUUGUCCUGGGUGCUGCAGAGGUUCACAUUCGAGUGUCCCCAGGACCAGCCCCUGCCCUCGCUGGAGGGCAAGUUUGGUGUCGUGCUGCAGGUGCAGAAGUUUCGGGUGAAGGCCAGGCUGCGGGACACCUGGCGAGCAGUCUUGUGAUGGGGAUGAGCCCUGGGUCCUGGGCAGUGGUGGGGUGGGAGGGGAUGGGGCGGGACCAUAGAGGCUAUGCCCUGCCUGCCCUGUGGGUGCGGGGUUGUCCGGAUAAAGCUGUUCCCAAUGCAGCAUGACUCCGGCUAUUUUUUGGGCAGGCGAUGGAGGGCAAGGGAGGUGGGAGGGUGCUUGAGAUGUAUGAUGGCCCCACAAUUUUGUGUGAGCACUGGGCUGAGCUGGGAGGCCAUAGCCCCUCUGCGGGGCUGCUCACAUGAACAGCCCCUUUGCCCCUCCAGGAAUGUGGGGUGGGGGGCCCGUCCAGAGGC